AUGAGGGAGGGGCCGCGCCGGGGGCAGACCGAGCGCAGGGGCCGCUCCGAGGCGGCGGCUCCGCGGCCGAGCCCCCGCCGUGCGGGCCCGGGCGAGGGCCGGCCCGGCUGGCUGCUCAUUGCUGGAGGAGCGGUGCCACCUAAAGGAAGCGGCGGAGAGGGACGCGCGGCCGGCUGCGGGCACCGGGCUCGGCCCUCGCCCCUCCGCCCCCGCCCUGGCCGCGCCCGGACCAGCCCAGCCCAGCACCCCCGGAGGGCAGCGGAGCCCCGGCUGCUGCGAGCCGUGGGGGCGGCUUCUCCCCGCUGGGCCCCCACCCCGGAGCCGGGCCGCUCUCCGGGAAGGCGGCGAGAGAGCCCCGUGCAGCAGAGGAUGCUCUGGAGGAGGCCGGGGCUGGCCGCUGCGGUGGGGGCUGCCGCGUCCCGGGAAAGCCCUGGAGAAGCCCCCAGGCUCCAGUCCGAGGGGCGGCAGCCGGCGGCAGCGCAGCCCCCCGCGGGAGAGCUGCUGCUGGCAGGCGGCAAAGCCAACGGCGUGCAGAAGGAGAACAGAUUUUGGAGGGGAGCGCAGGACCGGCCGCGGGACCGGCCCGGGGGAGCCGGCGCCCAGAGCCCGGCCGGGCAGGGCGCUGCCGGCCCCCCGCGGGCGGGAGAGCAGCGGAACGACGGUGCCAGGGCUGCCCACAGCUGGAGCUGCGUCUCCGAGGGAGAUGCUCAGGGAGCGGCGCAGGAGCAAUGGAAGAGCCCAGCCCCGGCCAGCCCCCGGCCAGCCCCCGAGCAGCCCCCGGCCAGCCCCCGGCCAGCCCCGGCCAGCCCCCGGCCAGCCCCCGAGCAGCCCCCGGCCAGCCCCCGGCCAGCCCCGGCCAGCCCCCGGCCAGCCCCCGGCCAGCCCCCGGCCAGCCCCGCAGAUGCAGGCAGCGAGCACCCGGAGGGGAGCAGGGAGGGAUGGGAGGACUCUGCUGCUGCCAGCAGGCUGCCGCGGACCGUGCCCGGAGCGGCGCCGUGCCCGGAGCGGGACCGUGCCCGGAGCGGGACCGUGCCCGGAGCGGCGCCGUGCCCGGAGCGGGACCGUGCCCGGAGCGGCGCCGUGCCCGGAGCGGGACCGUGCCCGGAGCGGGACCGUGCCCGGAGCGGGACCGUGCCCGCAGGGGAUGCGCCGAGGGGGCGGCCGGAGCCCUCCUUUGCUCACGCUGCGGCCGCUGGCUCCUGCCUCGCCCCGGCCCUGGCCCCGCAGUGCUCCCUGCCGGUGUCCGGACCAGCGGCGGAGCUCCUGCGGAGCCCCCUGCAGCGGGAUGGGAUCUCGGCACCACGGAGCGCCUUCGGCCUGACGCCGGCGUGCCCGGCUGCAGCCGGACGGGGACCGGCAGGCACCGGCGGACCGCGGAAUGCAGAGCGAGGGGGGUCGCAGGGGGCUGAGCAGCGCGGGCUGGGCGCCCCCAGCCCCCCCCCGGUACUGACACCGGGACCGGCACCAACAGCACCGGCACCAACAGCACCGGCACCCGCUCCCCACCCCCGGUGCCAGCGCCGCGAUCAGCACCGCCGGCACCGGCAGGGCAGCCGUAACCUCCCGGCAGCGGGCGGAGCCGCAGCGCCACCCAGCGGCCACCAGGCGCUACCGCCCCCCCGCAGCCUCCUCUCUCCCACCGGCAACCACCGGCAGCCACCGGCCCCUGCACAGCCUGUUGCGAAAGGACAGGGGGUGAGGAACCGAAAGAGAGAGAUUCAGCCUGGAGAGAAGGGAGAAAUGUUCGACGCUGAGGGCGGGGAGAGCCUGGCGCAGGACGCGCCGUCGGGGCGGGCUGUCCAAAGAGCACGGGAACGGGGGAACCGGUGGGGGGGACGGGAACCCGGCUGGGGACUGCGAGAGAGGGAUACGCCGGGCAGGAUGGUCGUGGUCCCGGUACCGGCCCACAGCCCGGUGGCGGAGAGGAGCGGCGGCCCCGCAGCCCCGGCGGGCGCGGCGGUGCCGGCGGAAAGCUCGGCGGGGAGCCCGGCGGGGCGGUGCCGGGCGAGCCCUACUUAA